CUUCGACCCACUCAACACCAUAGCACACACACACACACACACACACACACACACACACACGUAGUUUUUUUUCCUUUUCCAAAAGAACAUUUCUCGAAAUUUGAAAUUAUGACUUCUAUCGCCCUCGACGUUGUCUCGGCUGCGGUCUGCCAUGAUUGGCCUCUCGGUAAAUGCCAACAUGGGAAUGACUGUGCACGCGAGCACCACGAAAACCUGGAUCCAUCGCUGCCCCACGCACAGCCGGAGCCUGUCGGGUACAUGGUACCUGACCAAGUCAAUGCAGCAUGCCAAAGAUGCAUGCAGAGGAUGUAUCCGUGUGACAAAUUGGUACGCGGCGACAUAGAUGACCCUUGUUCGGAAUGUCGUUGGUUCGGUGGGGAGAAAUGCCGCUGUAUGCUUGCCACGGAUACAAGCUACAACGACCAGAUAUGGUCAGUCAUGAUGAACCGUGGCAAAGCCCACGGCUACACUCUCCCAGCAGCCAAGGGAAGGGAGGAGUUCAACCCGAAGAAAGGGGUCCGUCCUGGGCCAAUGCCAGCGAACAAGAUCAAGGCAGACUGGCAAGGUGAGACCAAGGAGGCACUCUUGGCCAAGCCAGAUAUGCUGCCCACAGGUGUACGCGCAUGUCCCAGGGCAUUCUUGCAUCCUCCUCGCCCUUCCAGUGCCAUGAAGUCUACACAGAACUGGGCCAUAUCUAACAAGCGUAAACUGGAAUCCGAUCCUGGUGUGGAUGCUCGUAUCGCUCCAUCGACAACGGGUUCUGCGCUCCCGGUUUUCCCACCACGACCAGACUUCCCGCGACCACCAGCUCACCCCCAGUAUGGCGAGGUGUUGACUGCGUCCUGGUCUUAUUCGAAGAGCACGUGGACGUAUACAUACGCAUCUGGCUUGGAAAUCUGUAGCCCGCCGAUGCCUGCUCCCAUAGGUGAACAGAACAGCAAGCCUACUGAGCAGAGCAGAAUUAGCGCCAGCUUUGCGACCCACCCGAAGAGGCAGCGUGUGACUCCACGCGUUCCAACGACAACACCAAUGGAACUGAAUCCUGCUGCUGCUGCCGCCUUCACCCUUACCACCGCCAUGAGCCCCGCUGCUGUCGCUUCGACUGAUGUCAUGGAUUCACGCAUGGAUGAAUCUGCUGACAAGGAUGACGAUUCUAUCGGUUACGUAUCGAGCGACGACGACUAGAAGGCCUCACUCGAUCGUUUCGCGCACGCUUUGUACAGCUCUUAUAAUAUGCUCUCGGUUGUCGACCGACAAUAUAAUACCCCGACGCUGUUUUUCACGCCCAGCUAUUGAUUCAGUUCUCUAGCCUUUCCAUACCUGCUAUUGAUUUAGUUCUCUAGCCUUUCCAUACCUGCUAUUGAUUAAGUUCUCUCGUGUCUCUUAGAUACCUACUCUUAAUAUAGUUUUCUAGCUUUGUAC